CACGCAAUCGUUUCAAAAAGCAGCAAAAACAUUUAUUGUGAACCUGGAAAACAAAACAUUACAAUUUUCGUAGUUUUCUUUCUUAGGCACUUACAGACAUUCUGAGUAACUUCCUUUUUUGUGGGGCUUUUACGACGUGACUUGGAGUGAUUUUCAGUGGCUGUAUCCGUUGAAAUGGUCCGCACACUGCCCGUAGUGAAACGUUAGAAAUUUUGCUUGUAUGAGUUGUAUCCGAGGUGUAAGCACUAAGCACCGAACCGACUAUGUGCUGCAGAACAUUUCUUCCAUUAUUGCGGAUUGUUUGUGAGUCCGCUUCUUCCCGGGAUACGCAAUGCGUUCGUCUUUCUUUGUGUACUUCGCUGCCUCGCAGAACAUAUGCAUCAGCGGUGCGCCUAGCCGAAGUUGGGAAGUUCGAAGAACCUAAGGAGCAGAACCUGAAAUACCCCACGGGACAGUUGUUCUUACAUCGGAUAUUUGGAUACAGAGGUGUGGUAUUAUUCCCGUGGCUGGCCAGAGUUUUCGACAGGGAUCUCGCAGGAAGGAAAGAAGGCAUCAAGAUCGAUCCUGCUCAGAACGAAGGCGCUGCCUUCAACAAUAUCGGGACGGGUCGUGAUGUGAAGGGCCGAGCUGUGCCAUAUUAUCAAGUUUUGAUUGACGCGCGGGAUUGCCCGCACAUUCGAGCUCAGUCGGAGACGGUGACGUUUCUUGGACAUCAGGAAAGCAGUAGAUCUCUGUACGCUAUUCCUGGACUGGAUUAUAUAUCUCACGACGAUGUCAUACCCUAUUCCAGUACCGAAAAGAAUGCCAUAAUGCAUGAUCUUUUUGAGAAAUUUCUUUAUCUGGAUACCGAGAAAGGUUCCUAUGAGCCGAAAGAUACACUGCGAGCUUGGCAAGAUCGGAACCAUCCAUGGCUUGAAUUAUCGGAUGUGCAUCGCGAAACGACGGAAAAUAUCAGAGUGACCGUGAUUCCCUUCUACAUGGGCUGUCGUCGGGAUACGGGGCAGGGAAAUGGACAAAGUGUUUACUGGUGGAGAUACUGCAUUCGCUUGGAAAAUUUAGGCGAAGAAACAGUACAGUUACGUGAGCGACAUUGGCGAAUCUUCUCCUUAUCUGGAACUUUGGAAACGGUUAGAGGACGAGGUGUCGUAGGACAGGAACCAGUGCUUUCUAAAGUUUUGCCGGCUUUCCAGUACAGUUCGCAUGUAUCGUUACAAGCACCUUCUGGCCACAUGUGGGGGACCUUUCGGUUCGAGCGGGAAGACGGCAGUUCUGUAGAUGUGAAAAUUCCGCCAUUCAGUUUGGAAUCUAAAGAUGAUGAUUCAUCGAACAUCACUGUUGUUUGAUCUUUCAUUCAUGACUAGGUACUCCUCGAUACAAUGUCUGAUUUGGAGUGUUGCUUCAAAAAUCCCUUGUAAUAGAGUUUAUCGGGAUUUCAAUUUGAUUUGAUUUUAUUUGUUCGUUGUGUACAUACGAUACAAAAUGUUAUGUUAAAGUACAGUACUUUGCAUAAUUAUUUUCAUCCCUUGCAGAUUUAGAGGAUUUUAAUAGAAGUUAGAGGGCUUUAAUAAAAUUAGACAGUAGAUUCUUGAAAUGUUGAAAUGUUUGUCGUAACAUUUUGCUAGCAUUUAUUGGUUUAUUUCGAGAAACAAAGUAAAACUGAUGCGCACUAAAAAGGUA